GCUGGGCUGAUUUUCAGCCUUUUAUAGCGCCAGCUUCAGCCGCUCUCUCAGGUGUAACUUGUCUUUUAGUUCUCACAUAGGUUGGAGUCUUGGUUUUCUGGGAGCUGUGUGGCGAAGUAACCGUGGCUAUGUCUCGCUGGGUUUGCCUGUUCAUUUUGCUCCCUUUGUAUGUUCUUGGGCAGGCUGAUGUGGAAGAUGUCGACAGAAGCACAAGCUUAUUUCCCACUGAUCAGCCAAUUUGGGAGGAUACCCCUGCAACUACAAUCCUACCUACCACAAAAGGCUCUGACAAUGCUGUAGCAGUGAUUACCACCACCACCACCCCUGAGCCUGAUGUGCCCAUCACUACAACUUUCCAGCCCACUCCAGACAGUGAUGCAGAAGGAACAACUCAGCAGUCUAAUGUUACAACUGUUGCACCAACUACUCCACUUCAGCUCAUCAACUCCACAACAGCUCUUCCGACCCCGCUGCCCACCAACUCCACAACAGCUCUUCCGACCCCGCUGCCCACCAACUCCACAACAGCUCUUCCGACCCCGCUGCCCACCAACUCCACAACAGCUCUUCCGACCCCGCUGCCCACCAACUCCACAACAGCUCUUCCGACCCCGCUGCCCACCAACUCCACAACAGCUCUUCCGACCCCGCUGCCCACCAACUCCACAACAGCUCUUCCGACCCCGCUGCCCACCAACUCCACAACAGCUCUUCCGACCCCGCUGCCCACCAACUCCACAACGACCCCGCUGCCCACCAACUCUACGACGGCCUCCGCUCCUACGACUAUCCCACUGCCGAAGGUUGGAGAUUAUGUCGUCCGGGCUGAGUGGAACUCCUCUGCGUGUCUGAUGGCAAGGAUGGGUUUGCAGUUUAGCUUCAGAAUGGGAGACAGUUUUCAGACAAUAAAUCUCGACCCAAAUGUGACUACAACCAAUGGAACUUGUGGAAACAAUGACUCUACACUUAUGCUGAGAGCAGACACAACUAUUGUCCAGUUCAUCUUCACCAAUCAAACAAGCAAAUUCUUCUUGAGUGCUUUGACCUUGACUGUGUUGGCUGGAAGUGGUGUGUCCUUCAAGGAUGGCAGUUCUAACUUAUCUCUAUGGGAGGCAUCACUGGGGAGCUCAUACAUGUGCAAAAAGGAGCAGAGCUUCAACAUCACAGAGAACCUUAUUUUGAAUACGUUUGAGCUCCAAGUUCAGCCAUUUGGAGUCAUGAAUGACCAAUUCAACACAGCCCAUGAAUGCUCAGUGGAUGACACCAGCCUCUUAAUCCCAAUCAUUGUUGGCGCAGCUCUGGCUGUCUUGAUUCUCAUUGUAGUGAUUGCAUAUGUGAUUGGUCGACGAAAGACAUAUGUUGGAUAUCAGACCCUGUAAUGACCUCCUGAAUCACAAAUCAUACCACAUUUCAUUCCAGUUAGCUAACAUGAUCCUGGGCCACUGCAACUGUUAACCUUUUCAUUUGGCUAGAGCCUCACUGUCAAUUUUCCAUUGUUUAAAGUAAUGACUAAUUUGGCAGCUCCUUGAACUCUGAACUAAAAUCUGAAGUGUGAUCUGUGCAUCUGUUCCAGAAUCAUGGGCCCUGGUAAUGCUGUUAUCCCCUUGUGUGCUUUUUUUUUUUGUUUGUUUUUUUCUCCCCUAACCCCCUCCCCCUUUUCCUUAGUAUUGGAAGCAAUUGAAAGGUUGUACUUUAUCCACCUUCUACAACUGGUGCUCUUAAGUCCUAUGAUUGACAUGUUCCCCUGUGCUUAGGGUGACUAGCCAAUAUACUGAUGGGGCAAUUCCAUACUUUCAUAGCUUUCUAUAAGACCUUACACUUGCUUCUGCUCUAGUGACUAAAUUUAGUAUGUUUCUUAUUGCCUACAACAAAGGCCAUAAGAUAUAAAUUUUUGGGUUGAUUGGGGGAUGUUUGUGGUUUGAUUGGUGCAGUGGGGAUUAAAAUUGCACAGUUCAGUUACAUGUCAUUACCUUUUCAGAGAUUGUUCAGUUUUAAAAUAAGCGUUUCAAAAAGGGAUGGCAUUGCUUUGUCAGUUACACUCUGUAGAUAAAACAACCAAAACUGAGUGGAGAGGAAUACUUGCUGCCUAUUGCACAUCUGAAUUGCUUUUGCUGCCAGAUUGGUUCUUAAUGUGUUGCUUGAAUUUUGUCCCAACCUGAAGCUCUGGCAGUUUCGCAAGUUGACGACAUGCUGAAUAGGUGUCAGGUUUAAGCUUUAAGUGCAGUUUUCUUCCACUUACUGAAAGGAAAUUAAACUAACUGCAUGCACUCGUUUAACUGGCUGUCUACAUAUGCAGGGUUAUUUUAAUACAGCAGGAAGGUUUUCAAUGAAGUGUUAAAAGUAAUUUUCAGACUUCUGGGAAUAAGUGCAUGUGAUCUGUGUGGGUAUCUUGACUAUAGUUUUCAUUUGGCUCAUUUUAUUGUACAACUAGAACUUUGGGUUGGAACAUCUUUUGUAAAGCAGCAUUUUGAACAACUGCAUGCUAUGGCAUGAGCAAAGGUGAAUAGGUGUCAUUAUGAAUGCUUGUGUAUGUUUUGUCUAUCCUGUAGUUUUGUUUUUUUUUUAAUAUAAAUCUGCAUUCAUGUUGCUCAUUCCAUGUCUUUGUUCUGCAUUAGGUUGGAUGUUGCUGAGAAUCAUUCCCCCCACCUGUAAACAGCUGUUUAUGCUUAACUAAUUCACAUGUCUGAUCAGUUUGGAGUUGAUUGGUCACUUAGGUUCAUGCCUUGCUUAAUGAAGGUGCAGCUGAGCUCAAUAAAGAUGGAUUGAUCUGUCAA